CCCCCCCUCCACUCCCUAUACACAUAUAUAUCAUGUUUUGAUUUAUAAUGUAUUUGUUUACUAAGUAAUGGCCUGACGGUUUCCCUCAUCUAAUUUGAAAAACCCAGCUGGAAAAACUGACAAUUCAAAUUACUCCGAAACUUAAGAUCUAAGCAAAUAUAAUUUGAACCCAAUGCGGAACAGGGGAAGAGUUUCAGGGGAGAAGAAGACCCUGAAGAAAAAAGUUGUGAAUGCUGAUAAGAUAAGCAGAAAUCCGAGUCUAGAAAGUCUUAAAAACUUGUUCCUUUUGUAUAUAGCAGAGCUAAAGGAAAAACUGGGUGAUUAUUACUACUCAAUGGGUGUUAAUGGAAAGACUGAUAAACUGGCUGUAGUGGGGGUUUAUCCUUCAUUUAUGGGAUGGUCAAUUCCUUACAUGAUUGGAGCUGCAAAAGCUCAUCCACUGCCUGUUUUGCUAGGGUGCUGUUUGCUAUUUUUUAUGGCAGUUGAGUACAGUUUGAUAAUGGUUUCUUCUGGGUCUCCACCAUAUGAUGUGGGUUUUGUGUGGACACAGAGUCUUCAUGAUGGGCUUAUGCAGAGACCUGCUUUGAAUACAUUGCUGGCAGCUAUGAAUACGAUUUUUGUGGGAAUGCAGACUGGUUAUAUUCUGUGGGCUUGGCUUGUGGAGGGGAGAGUGAGGCCUACAAUUGCUGCACUUUUUAUGUUCCCAUCUCGAGGCAUUCUGGGUUACUUGACACAGCUGCCACUACCUCAGGAUUUUCUUGGUUCGGGAGUCGAUUUUCCAGUUGGGAAUGUGUCCUUUUUCCUCUUCUUCUCAGGUCAUGUGGCAGCUGCAGUGAUUGCUUCUAUAGACAUGAAACGUAUGAGGAGACACCAUAUGGCAUCUAUGUUUGAUAUAUUGAAUGUCCUUCAAUCAGUGCGACUUUUGGUCACAAGAGGCCAUUAUACCAUUGAUCUUGCAGCUGGGCUAGGGGCAGGGUGGUUGUUUGAUUCCUUAGCUGGUAGGUAUGAGGAAAGCAAAAGGAAUGUUGUUCAAAAAGAGAACUUUGAUUAUGAACCCCUGAUUAAUGCAAAAGCUGCUUUAAUCAGCUAACUAUGACUUGAUAGUACACUUGUGCAAGAAUCUUAUAAAGUACACUGUAUCCUGAUCAUAUGCCCUGUCCAAGUUUAUGAAAUCUAUAGUUUCUCACUUUUUCAGGAGGUAGAUAGUGAUCUAUUUGAAAGAUUCUACUGGCAAUUACUGUAAUAUGGCAUCUCUGAAAAUAUCUAAUGUAAUGUGUACUUAAGAAUAGAGGUUUAUGAGAUGCAAAGGUUGAUCUAAACAAUGGAAAAUCUUUGAUUUAAUGUAAAUCUUUCACAAUCCAUUGUACCCCCCUAUGGAUACUAUAAGAGUUACUUUAAGUUCUGAGA